CAGCAGCAGCCGCACACGACCACGACCACGACGGCCUGCGUCAAGCAAGCAUCUCUCUCUCGACAUUACUGCCAGCACCAGACAGAAAAAAGUCACAAGAGUAAAAUAGAGUCGUAGUGUGUGUUUAGGCCGGAAUCAACUCGCCGCGAGCUCCGCCGCCGCCGUCACCACCACCAGUCGCCAGUCGCCGCUGCCCCACCCCCACCACCACUUCUCAUCCCACCCAUCGCAUCUCUUGUUCGCUUGGCAAAGCAGCAACAACGCAACACCAACAGUCAAGCAAACGUUCUCUUCACGUCCCACUACAUCGCGCACACGUACAAGGCGACUUGUAGCGUACACCCCAAACGCGCCAGCAGCAGCGCUCGCUGGCGAUUACGCCGACACCCAUUUCCACCUACCCCACCCCAUCACACUUAUCUCCACACGCAACCCCUUCCUUCCCAGCCCACCUGACAACACGGCGCGAUGAAGUUCGGCAAGAGCAUCGUUGCAUCCCAGGUGCCAGGAUGGGCAGACUACUACCUAAACUACAAGGCGCUCAAGAAGAUCAUCAACUCGCUCGCGGCCGGCCGGCCGGCGUCCGAGGCCGCGCUCCUCUCGCGCGGCGGCCGCCCGUCCAAGCGCCGCCUGUCGGACGCCCUCCCGAGCGACACGAGCGCGCCCUUCUCCCCUGCGCCGAGCGACACGGCGACGCCAGUAUUCGCGCCCGCCGCCGAGCCCCCGUCGACAGAUGUCGGCGACCUCGAGCCCCUCCCGCCAGAGGCCGAGGCGCCGGCCCCGGGCGGCUCGCGUAAUCUCCUCUCGGGGGGCGCGGGGGCCAACGGCGCCGCCGAUAGAGGCGAGAGCUUCAAGGCCCACCGCGACGUCUUCUUCUUCACCCUGCAGAGAGAGUUGGAGAAGAUCAACGCCUUCUACCUCAUCAAGGAGAGGGAUCUCCGACUACGCCUCCUCACCCUUCUAUCAAACCGGAAACGCCUUCUUCGCACCCAGCGCGAGCUUGUUGCCGACGGCCACGAUAUUGGCGAGGAGGGCGGCAAGCGCAGCGCCGAGUGGGCGAGUCUGGAGGAGGGAUGGAGAUUAUUCGAGCGCGACCUCGGCAAGCUCCAAGGCUUCAUCGAGAUCAACGCUACUGGAUUCCGCAAGAUCUUAAAAAAGUGGGACAAGAGGAGUAAGAGCAACACCAAGGAGCUCUACAUCGAGCGCCAGGUCGAGGUCCAGCCGUGCUUCAACCGCGAGUUCAUCGCCAAGCUCUCCGACAUUGUCGCUGCCAACCUGCUCGACAUUGAGAAUGGCUCGGACCACCUCACGGCUUCCUUCUUCGCCGCCGAGCUCCCCGAGGCUGUGGGCGACGAUGGGCUCGCCUUUGACAGGUCGGACAACGAGUCGGACCCUGGAGAGGUUCUCGCCAGCGACGCCCUGUUCGACCUCGAGGUCAACCUCCCCAAGACGAUCGAGGCCGGCCGCGACGCGUUCGCGCGCUGGGUCAAGCACACGCGCAAGGUCCUCAACAAGGACAAGCGCGGCGAGGGCCGUGCCAUGCGCGUCCUCUGGCGCGCAGCGCUCACCGCCCCUGACGACUACCUCGACCUCCUCUUCAACCCCAACCUAGACUUCAACUUUGUGGACAAGAUCAACGACCGCACGCCGCUCCACCAGGCCGCUAUCGCCGGCUCGCUCCGUCUCGUCGAGUUGUGUAUCGCCAACUCACCCGAGCUCAUCGAGCGCCAGGAUGCCUACGCGCGUCGCCCGCUCCACUACGCUUCGAUGCACGGCCACCCGUCCAUCGUGUCCCUGCUCCUCUCAUCCCACGCAGACCCCUCGGCCACGGACCAGGAUGGCUACACACCGCUCAUGCACGCCAUCACCCAGGGCCACCUCGAGGUUGUCCGCAUCUUUGUCCAAUCAGGCGAGCCCGUCAACCUCGAGCCUACCGCCAUCUCCACCGACCUCAUCCCUCUUUCACUUGCAUGCCAGUACGGCCACGUCGAGGUCGCUAGACUACUGCUCGAGCGCGGCGCAAAGGUCAGGCCCAACUCGGAAGGUCUCUUCCCCAUGCACUUUGCCGCCAAGGCUGGUCACGAGGCUAUCUGCAGACUACUUGUCGAGGCCGGUGGACCCGACGGCGGCGGCAAGGACAAGCAGGACAAGUACAACAUGUGGACGCCGAUUCACCACGCUGCCGUUGGUGGUCGCCAGGAGCACCUCGACUGCAUCAAGGUCCUGGUUGCCGCUGGCUGCGACGUCAACGUUGUCGACGAGUACGGCAAGGCCCCCGGAUGGUACGCUGCAUGGUUUGGCCACGUCAAGCUCCUCAACUUUUUGAUCGCGUCUGGCGCCAAGCUUGCCACCAAGGAGACCGAAAUCCGUGGCAUGGAGAACCUUGGUCUCGCUGCCGACCCUCAGAUGGACGCCCUGUCGCCCGGCUCGGACAUCGAGCUCGACCCUCCACUUGGCGACGACUUUGAGCUCAUCCCGUCGCUCUCCCUCCCCCCUCCCAUCAUCCCUCUCCGUGUCUACGGCCACGAGUUCCUUGCCAAGCGCUGUCUCGUCCAGCUCUCCCUCGGCCACCCCUUCAAGCGCGGCCACGAGAAGACACCUCCAGUAAAGCUCUACUCGCGCAGCAGCCAGGACAACCUCCACCUGUGGUCGUCGCUGAAGCUGGUCAUGACGUCCAAGUCGGACACCUCAGUUGUGCCUCACAGCGUCAUCCUGCCUCUUGCCGACGAGCGCGAGGUCUUCUCGUUCCAGGUGCAGUCGUUGGACAAGUUCACCCUCGAGGUGUCUCUGUACCCUACCUUUGGCUCCAAGGUCAUUGGUCGCGCCGUCAUCCUCCCUUCCACGUUCCUCGGUAUCCAGGACCACAAGGGUAUCGUCGCACCUCUGCUCGACCACCACCUCAAGACUAUCGGAGAGGUGGCCUUCGAGGUUAGCUGUAUCCGGCCGUUCGAGGGCGCACAGCUCGAAAUUGGUGGUCGUGUCGAGACGUACUGGAAGAGCAAGGUCACGCCAUCAAACGCGACUCAGGAUCACGCCCACCAGUUCCAGUCUCACCGUCCCAUCGGCGUGACGGCUCAGUCGCCUGCUGUUCGCCCCUCCGCGGUUGUCGUCCCUUCGCAGGUCGAGCCGGCCCAUGUCACGGCCAGCUCGCUUUCCGGUGACUACGUCCGCCUCAUCGUGCAGGUUACAAAAGACGGUGUGCCUGUUGUCUACCCCGACUUCAAGCUCCCCGUUCCAGGCCUCGACAUUGGCGUCUCUGAUGUCACGUUCGCCCAGUUCGACGCCAUGGCCAAGGACCGCGGCCUGACACUACCCACGAGCGCGACGGCGACGACCGCGCAGGAGUGGCGCACUGUCCUCGCCAAGUCGAUGACCUCGGUUGAACGCAUCCUCGCCCUUGUCCCCGCCGAUGUCGGCAUCAACCUGUGCCUCUUGUACACGCGCAAGUUUGACGCUCACGCUGUCGGUGUCGGCUCGUCGCUCGAGGUCAACGGCUUUGUCGACGCGGUGCUGCAGGUUGUCUACGACGCCGGCAAGCUGUCACCUGGCCGCAAGAUUCUCUUCUCGUCGUUUGACCCGACUGUGUGCACGGCACUCAACUGGAAGCAGCCAAACUACGCCGUGUUCUUCGCGUCCUUCUGUGGCAUUGACCGGAAUCAAACAGCCGAGGGCGCCAAGCUCGUUUCUGGCCCACCCGACACGGAGCCAGACACAAGAUGUCUGUCGGUGCGCGAGGCUGUCAACUUUGCAAAGGUCACCAACCUGCUCGGUGUUAUUCUCGAGGCAACAACGCUCGCGGCUGUCCCGUCCCUGGUGGCAAGUGUCAAGGACGCAGGGCUGCUGCUGGCAGGCUUUGGUCAGGAGUCGGAUUUGACCAAGUUGAGGCAAGGUGCAAGUGACGGCCGGACGGUGGACGCGUUCUGUAGCGAUGGAAUCAUGACGCUCGUUAUAUAGUAGAAUCAACAAGGGACCCGGGGCUUGCUAUGCAUAGGAUCACACUGUA